AUGGGGCGUUGGCACUAUCCCUCGAGACGAGCGCAGGGCGCGGGGACCGACUCUACUAUCUUCAACUUCGGGGUUCCUGACUCAGGAAAAUCCACUGGAGCUCAGAGACGAAAGGUGAGAAGCUGUUCCAAUGGCUCUAGCUUCUGCGCGCUCUUACGAGGAAAGGCUGCAUGCAUCACAGGGGGGACGACGGGCAUUGGACGAGCCAUCACGCUUGAAUAUCUACCACAAGGUGCCAAUGUAGCAGUCAAUCAUCUUGGACUUGACACGGACGAAACACAUAGGAAAUCGUUGCUCGAGGAGGCUCAGAAGCUGAAGCAACAGGGAAGCAGUGCAGUACCUACUGGGGAUAUCAUCGAGUUGGCGGGCGAUGUUACAGAUCCAGAGACUGGACAAAAGCUGGUGUCGGAAGCCGUGAGGCAAUGGGGAGCUCUGGAUGUUUUUGUGGCCAUUUCUGGCAUUUUCAGGGCAGCUGAAUUUCUCAUGCUAUCAAAGCAGCAAUUCGAUCGAACAAUGGAAGUAAAUGUGAAUGGAACAUUCUACUCAUGCCAAGCUGGUGCGCAACAGAUGGUCAAACAGAUAUUUCACGUUCUCCGAGGAACAUUUCCUACUUCGAAUACCUCAGGAGGCGAAGGUGGUGCUAUCAUAGGUAUCUCGUCCAUCAAAGCACUCGUCGGAGGCGGCCUACAAACUCACUACACACCGACAAAAGCCGCCGUUCUGUCAAUGAUAUGGGUGCAACGACUCCAUAUUUCCCCUGCUCUGCUGCUUUGA